UUGGCCCUCUGCAGACACUGUACCCAGGUUCCUGUUGGGCGGGUUUAACCGCGCGGAAGCGGAAGUCUCGUUCUUUUUCCGUCCUCUUCGGUCGUCGCCGCUGUGAGUGCUCUGGGCAGGUGCGGACCCAGCGCCGAGCGCCCGUCGCCAUGCCACGGAAAAUUGAGGAGAUCAAGGACUUCCUGCUCACGGCCCGGCGGAAGGAUGCCAAGUCUGUCAAGAUCAAGAAGAACAAGGAUAAUGUGAAGUUCAAGGUUCGCUGCAGCAGGUACCUUUACACCCUGGUCAUCACAGACAAAGAGAAGGCUGAGAAGUUGAAACAGUCCCUGCCCCCUGGUUUGGCAGUGAAGGAGCUGAAAUGAACCAGACCUCUGCGUUUGACUAUUAAAAACUCUAAAAAGA